UUUGUGACACCCACUCUCCCUCACCCUCUCCCUUUACACUCCCCUCUCCCUGUCUUACACUCUCACUCAGUCGAGCGAGCGUACAAGAGGCAGCAGGCAGCUGCCGAGGAGCGAGCUGGGAGGCGACUCCAGCCUCCUCUCCGGCAAAUUGCGCCUCCUGUACAAUGGAAACUAAACGGUCGAGUAGCAGAAGGGAUGGAGGGCAGAGCUGCCGGGCAGGUCAGCAGGGGUCAUGAGGGUGACGGAGGCCCCGGUUGCUGUUCAGAGCAGCUGAAGCAGACAUGGGCAAAGAAGUCUCGGAUGGCAUCGGUAGGCUCAGCCUCAUCGACUUCACCAGCUACAUCCUCCUUCGCCACAACCACCACUGGCUACGUAUCAAGUUCUCUCUAUUUGCCAGCAUCUCCCAGUAAGACUUUGCAAUGAGAAUGUCCGAUACCGCUGACAGUGAAACGAUGAAGGUUUCCGAGGCCACCGACCCGGUGUCAUCUCCAAAAGACAACAACAACGCCACCAAGUCUGAGGUUUCGGAUCAGAACCAGAGCAGCAGAGAGGAGCACGGCAGCAACAGUAAGAGGGACGUACAGCCUGUGAAGUACUCUAAGUCCAACACCAGGCUAAAGCUCGUGCGGAGCCUGGCAGUGUGUGAAGAGUCCUUUCCUUGCCCUAUUCCUGAGCCUUCAGCAGCACCUCAGGAUGGAUUCCUCCUCCAGCCAUUUGAAAAGGAAGAACGAGCCACACAGGACCAAGCUGAGAAAGAGGAGAGCUGCGACAAGGUGGACAAACCGGAGAAAACGCAGAAAAAAAGGCUGUCGAGAGAUUCCAGUCAAGACUACACAGAUUCAACUGGCAUUGAUCUCCAUGAGUUCCUGGUCAACACAUUGAAGGGCAACCCCAGGGAUCGAAUCAUGCUUCUGAAGUUGGAACAGGACAUCUUGGACUUCAUCAGCAAUAACGAAAGCCAAAAGAGAAAGUUUCCGCCCAUGACGUCUUACCAUAGGAUGCUGUUACAUCGAGUGGCAGCCUACUUUGGCAUGGACCACAACGUGGACCCCAGUGGAAAGUCGGUGGUGAUCAACAAAACCACCAACACUAGAAUACCUGAUCAGAAAUUCUCAGAGCACAUCAAGGAUGACAGGGCGGACGAUUUUCAGAAACGCUACAUUCUCAAACGAGACAACUCCAGCUUUGAUCGUGAAGACAGCACGAUUCGAAUGCGUUUGAAAGCUGACAAGAGGAGCAAAUCGAUGGAGGAGAGGGAGGAGGAGUACCAGCGAGCCAGAGAAAGGAUAUUUGCACAUGAUGGAGAUCACUUCAUACUAGAUAGAAGUGCUCAGGAUGAAGACGCAUGCAUGAGCACCCAACAGAGGCGGCAAAUGUUCAGGUUACGGGCCGGUCGUUCAGGCGCCAGCAGGCAGAGCAGCUCAGAGACGGAGACGUUGCCGCGGCACGGCGAGCCCCGGCCGUGGAGCAGCACCGACAGCUCGGACAGCUCCAACCGGCUCGCCCCGCGGCCCGCCAUCACCAAGGCCAGCAGCUUCAGCGGCAUCUCCCCCGGCCUCGUCCGCGGGGACAGCACGGCCAGCAGCAAGAGCACGGGGAGGCUCUCCAAAACAGGUUCAGAAUCAUGCAGUAGCGUCGGCUCCUCAUCCAGCUCGCUAUCCCGUCCCCAGCUGCCUCUCCCAGUCUCGGCCUCAUCCCGCUCCAACAUCCCCAGCGCGCCCUUAAUCCACCCGGCCGCCGACACCAGAGGCCCCGGACACCCUGAGAUGAUCAAGAGCAUCUCUUCACAGCCACCACCAGCUACAGACGCAACCAGCUACUAUGUGUUGCCGUUAGAAGCCUCAGGGAUACCACCUGGCAGUGUUCUGGUCAACCCACACACAGGCAAGCCUUUCAUCCAUCCCGAUGGCAGCACUGUAGUUUAUAACCCGGCUAGCAUCGUCCCCCCUGCUGGCAGGAACCCACAGCAGGGGAAAACCCAGCAGCAGCCAAUCUCUGCCGCGAGCCAGCAACAGCCAACCAAUCAUCUACACUCCCAGCCGAUCUGUCCUCCUGUCCAGCCGUCCUCUGAGCCUGUCCACAACCCAACGGUCUCUUAUCCUCUUCCUCCUCCUCUUCCUCCUUCUCAGUUCCUGCCCAUCUGUCCUAACCAACAGUACACUGUGCCUGACGUCCUAAAUGCCCAGUUCAGUCACAUGACUCUGGCGCAGCAGCCGCCCAAUGACAGUGGAGCUUCAGCCCAAGAUGCCCGCCACUAUCCGGCCAUAUACCACCACCACCACCCCUCCCCUAUGGUGCUGCAGGGCGCCCAUCCGCAGCAGGUUGCUAGCUACGUGGUGGCGGGGCCAUCAGGAGGACACCCAGGGGUGCUUCAGGGUCAGCCCGUCCCGCUCCCAACUCCAGGCCCCAACCACGCAUAUCCCAGCUCCACCCCGGGCCCCGCUGCUUUCCACGGGUCCACGCUGAACCAGCCGAUACUCCAGCAACACGCUUACAUCCAACAGCCAGUCCAGCAGAUGUCUACAUGUUACUGCUCUUCAGCGCACCACCCACACUGCUCCACCCAGCAGCAGCAGCAGCAGCAGCAACAGCAGCAGCCGCAGCAUUACCGGCCUCCCGUCAACUCGCUGCCCUAUAACUGCCCUCAGAGCCAAAACCUGCCCCAGCAACAAGUGCACCAAGCCGUGAUGCCAAACCCAGCGUCCAGCUACCAGACCGUAGUGGGCGUGCAGCCAACACCCAACCUCGCUCUCACUGGCAACCAGCAAAGCAAUAUGGGCAACCAGAUGCAAGGCAUGAUGGUCCAGUACCCUCCAAUGCAGUCUUAUCAGCAGGUUUCUGUGCCACAGCAGACGUACCAGCAGCCAGUGUUUGUGUCCUGCCAGCCAGGACAGGGGGCAGUGGCUGUUGCUGGCAUGCAGCCCUGCUACAGCCUGCUCCCCCCUAACCAGCACACCACCAUGAGUUCAACAGUGAGUUUCCUGCCCGCCCCGAUGAUGGAGCAGCUCCAGUUUCCUCAGACCUCGUCCCCUUGCGUCUCCCAGCAGCACCCAGGCCAACAGUACGCAGGGUUGUUACCCCCGGCCCCCAGCGGUGGUGGCAUGGUGAUGCUGCAAAUGACAGCGCCCCCCUGCCAGCAGCCCCGGGCCCCCUCCCCCUGCCAGCGGAAACAGCCCAGCUACAAACACCCGGGCCCCGAGCACCACCAGCGCAGCCGCAGGCCCGCCGAGCUCCCUCCGCCUCCAGACAACGCCCAGAGCAGCCUGCCCUCGUCUCCGGCACUCACUCCCUCGCCAGGCCAGCCACCCAGCGUCAAGGGCCUCCCAUCAGGCAUCUCGCCCAUCCCUGUCAUGGCCCACCACCCGCACCACCACCACCACCCGCAGCUCCCUACAGCCUUCUGCCACAGUGGACAAGGUGAAGCGCACUACUCUCUACUGGGCCAGCCUCUGCAUUACAAACCCUCCAUCAGACCUCCGCUGAUCCACACUGCCCACAUGGUGGCCAAACACCAGGUUCCACUCGGGGUUUGGCGUAGCGGUCAAGGGAGGAAGGCCAGCAGAAAACCUCUGUCUUCAGAUCUCAGUGUAGGUGAAGCAGUGAGCAGUCAGAUCCUGGAAGUGACAGAUCCUCCGGAGGGGAUCAGCUGUACAGACUCCCACCACCUCUUGGCAGAGCUCUGUAAAAGGGGCGAAUUGAUCCUGCGGCUGUCAGACCAUCAGCCCCGGCUGCGCAACUCCACCAGAGACGCUCCCGGCGGAGACCUGGCCUCAUCACACCCUCUCUUUGCCACGCUCCCUUCCAGACACGCCGCCCUGAGCGCCGCGCUCCACCACGGCGGCCCCCUGGCCACCUUUAAACUCCGAACUGGUUCCAGACACAAAGGGGAGCUGCGUGACUCAAAGCCGGCUCAUAGCUGCUAAGAUCUCGGCGCAUCUAAGGAGCGCCACAUGAACGCACAUCCAACCACCUGCCUCUGCUGCCUCAGUCUGGACUGUCUACCAGACUCUGUCCAAAUCAAAAACAGUAUCAAAUGUUUGAAGAAUGAAUGUUCACUUUUAUUUAGUUUUAGUUUCUUUUAUCAUCUCUCUGGCCUACAGUUCUGUGCAGGGUGGAAACUGAGCACCACCCACCUACUUCGGUUUUGUUUGUAAAAUGCGUCAGUGGCCGCUGAGCUCAACUCAAGGCCCUCCCUCUAUUCGAAAAAUCUAGUUUGCUGUUCAAAGGUGAAAGCGUUCGGAGAGCUUUGGGAUUAAUUUGCCUGCUCAGAUGUUAGUGUCUCCACUGUGGUUCUUUUUAAUAGCAGGUGUAUGAGCGUGACAGCACCAUGUCGAGCAAAACCUCACGUAAUCUACUCGAUUCUGGUACAACAACGUUUUUGUUCCCACUCUUGAAAAUUAGAGGACGUAAUUUAGCAUUCAUAUCAAAGAAAGUGUUUUAUUUAAUUUGCUUUAUUUGAUUGACUUUGAUCAAUAAUUCCUUCAGCUGUGUCAUGGUUUGAUUUCAGUCACUGGCCUGUGAAAGUGAGCAGCAUUUAUCUCACGUUAGGUACACAAGAAUGGGUUUUCUUCUCCUGUAUAACACGCUCCUGACAAUAACACGCAGCCGCACCUGUACCAUGUGAGCCCAUACAAUAAUAAACACUGAGUAAUAGAUAUACUACCUGAAUUAUUUAAAGUCACUUUUAUACACCGUGAAUGUUGCGUUUGCACUGAAGUGAUGAUCAGGAUGGAGAUUUGAUUGGAAUCAGACGGGGCCUGGAUUUUCUUUUAACCCCUCAUACCUGUUUGUUGCACUCAGCCAGGCCACUUUGUUUUAUAUUUAAUUAAAAAUGUUUAUAUGCACAAGAAAAAUGCAAUCGAGUUUGUCACUCUACUUGGCUUCAUUUGUUUGGAUUUCUGUUUGUGUGAAUCAUGAGAGGUGUUCUGUGUCUGGUGUGGCAUUUCUUUCUUUUCUUUUUCUUUUUUUUUUUUUUUUCUCUUGUUUGACUCUAAUAAAUGUUUUCACCACAUGUGUUGACAUAACUUUUUCCAAGCUAAAAGGCGAGUAAUAACCUACAGUGAGCAAAAUGAGGGUCUGGUGGAUGUUUCCUCGGAGCAAGAUGUUCUUUCAGUGUGUGAAAAAGCAACAGAUGAGGCAACUUCUUGGAAAAUGUUGCCAUGAAGUUUGUUUCUCUGCCUUUUGGGCAUUGCAGAGAUAUUUGCUCUGCUUAGUAGCCUCAUUUUCAGCUGCAUAAAUGAGCCAUUUUGAAUAAACCCUCUGCUCUGUGGGUGAAGUGCAGAGAAACAGAGACACCUAGUGGACAAAGGCUGCUACUACAGUAACAUACACAACAGCAGAGUGAAAGUGAAACCAGAAACAUAACUGUUAGAGUAAACUGUGUGUGUAUAGCAACGGCGGUCAUAGCGUGGCACAAAAAGGCGCGUUAGCUUGUGGCUGUGAUGUUUGCUAGGCUCCGAGUCUGCAGCCGUCAUGGAGACCGACUCCUUGGACCAAAGCAGGACGGUGGUUGUGUCCGGCGUGCCCGACCUGUUACCCGCUGACAGGAUGGUAGACAAGCUGACUAUCCACUUCCAAACCCGCAGGAGAAGUGACGGAGGGGACGUCGAGGUGGUCAAGUACCCCACCAACAUGGAGGGAGUGGCGUUCGUCACUUUUGACAGAGCUGAAGAUGCAGAGAGGGUGGUGCGAAAGGAGCAACAGAUUAUGAUGGACAGCAAGUUUCCUCAAGACUACCAUCUCACUGUGUUCCCCUUCACCAGAGAUGUGUUUUUGUACGUCUCCAGCGCUAAGGUCGAUCUCUCCAUAUUUGGCAGCAAUCAAGCACAGCUGAUUCAGAGUCUGCGGUCAGCUCACAGGUCGCUACGUUUCCAGCCUCUGCACGGCCAGAGGGAAGCCACCAUCGAGGGGCCUUUUGCUGCCGUCAAGGCCCUGAGACUGGACCUCAUCCACAGGGCCAGCCGGCUUAAAUCCACAUUCUCGGCCACUGCCGCUGCCGUUGAACUAGGAGAAUCUCAGCUUAAUCCGAGGGUAAUAUCUCAUCACGAGUUUGUCGGCUCUGUAAACCGCAGCAGUUUUAAAGCUAAGCGCGAGCUAGCAGGUUCAAACAGCUUACCAAGGCUGCUGCAGAGCACAGGUGAGGCUACUGAAGUGCAAAGCCUGCUCUCAAAUGCAAAAACUCAAAACACUUUCUCAAGGCAAAAAGUUUCGUCGACUGUAGGGACCUUAAGUAACACAGACAGUGUUGAGGAGGAGAAGCUGGGAGCUUGGUCUACACUCACAAUGUCCACACAAUAUAGAACCAAGCAAGCAAAGGCCAAACCCAGACAAGUGUUCGGGGAGGAGAUCAAUGCAGGGAUUAGAUCUUCCUUAUCAGGCCUGGACCUGGUCCCUGCAGAGAAAAUAUCAGCAAAACAGCCUGGAGUAGACGAUAUUUUACAAAAACACACCAGACCAGACAGGAUUUCAGCAACCAAGACCAAAAGAGAGAAUCAUUUGGGCUCCUGCCACAACAGUACAGACUAUCUGAAGGAAUCAGAUCAAAGCAGCUCAGCAGUCAACAUUAAUCUCCUCCAGACCAGACUUAAGGACAUCUCGACGUCCUCUGGGAGAAAGGCUGAGGAUACAGUGGAGUUGUCUGCAGUCUGUCCAGAGGAUCUGGACGAUACAUGCACCUGGAUCGACUCAUACAUAUUUAGAUACAUAGAAAAAUUUAACAAGAAGGAGUUUGACAGAUGCUUGAGAGGUCUCAGGGUGUCUGUUCAGUGUACUGAAGGUAACGACCUCGUUCGGAUAUCGCUGACUGAAAAGCAGACCUCCAAGACGGCCUCAGGGAUCCAGCAGGCCUUGAUAAACCUCAAGACGUUGGUAGAGUUUUGGAUAUCCAUCUUAAGAGUUCAUGAGAUCUCCUUUGACAAGGAGAAGCAGAAACUGAAACUCGCUCAGAUCUGCAAGGAUGUGAAUAUCCUGUUUGAUGAUGUUCUUUAUGUGUUCGAGGAUUCUUGUAUAAAAAUCGUUGGUCCUUCAGUAUCUAGUUUCCUCUUCUAUAAGAGAGUGGAGGAUAGACUUGACAAGACAUUAUAUUAAAUCACUGUGAAUCUGAUAGUUGUAGCUAAGAAAAAUAAUUGCACUUUAAUCACUGACCACAGGGUGGAGCAGUAGUGCUGCAUGUUGCCUUCAUAAAAGCAGCUCCUACACAAUUUGUGUAUGAAAUCUAUCUAAUUUUAUUGUCAAUAAUAAACGCGUUUAGUUACCUUACAGCCAUGAUUGAUUCCUAUGGUGCACUGGUGAAUAGUUCUAACUGUAGAAUGGAGAAAUACUGUAUCUGUAACAUUCCUGCUUCAGGAAACUCAGAAUAGAUGUUUAAUGGUCUUAUUAAAUAAACAAACAUCUUUCAAUG